CAACUUCCUGCGGGAGGCUAGCAGCGACCAUGGAGGUUGAGCCUCCACCUUUGGAGGAGCGGCGGCGGCUGCAAGAGGAGUUGAGCGAGUUCGUAGAGAGCUGCUGCCGGACUCUGGAGGAGGUGACGGCGUCCCUGGGAUGGAGCCUGGACCAGCUGGACCCUGGGGACGAGGCGGCGGCCGAGGAUGAAAUCACAAUAUGCCCUUAUGAUUCCAAUCAUCAUAUGCCUAAAUCAUCAUUAGCAAAGCACAUGGAAUCUUGCAGACUGAGGAAGCUGGGCUAUGCCAAAGAGGAAGAGGAUGAAAUGUGUAAUCCUGCUUUUUUCUAUGAGAAUUUGAAGAUUCCUUCAGUUACUUUGAAUAAGGAUUCACAGUUCCAGAUAAUUAAGCAAGCUAGAACUGCAGCUGGGAACGAUGGCGAUUGUUACAGUCAAAGAAUGUAUUCUUCAGUGCCUGUUGAAGUUCCUCUGAAUCACAAACGGUCUGUGUGUGACCUCACCCAAGCAGAUCGCCUUGCCCUUUAUGAUUUUGUCAUUGAGGAGACAAAGAAAAAGCGCUCUGGUUCUCAAGUCAUUGAAAACGACAGCGAUCUGUUUGUAGACUUGGCUGCUAAAGUCAAUCAAGAUAAUAGCCGAAAAAGUCCAAAGUCUUACCUGGAAAUCCUGGCAGAAGUGAGAGAUUAUAAAAGAAGACGGCAGUCGUAUAGAGCCAAGAAUGUUCACAUAACCAAGAAGUCGUAUACGGAGGUAAUUCGGGAUGUGAUAAAGGUACACAUGGAAGAGCUCAGCAACCACUGGCAAGAGCAGGAACGAGCAGAAGAUGGUGCUGAGAAGAAUGAAGAAAGGCGAUCAGCUUCGGUAGACUCACGACAGUCUGGUGGAAGCUAUUUGGAUGCGGAAAAUUCACGACAUAGAAGGGCUCGGAGUAGGAGCCCACAUAAACGAAAAAGAAAUAAGGAUAAAAAUUCUGAGUCAAGAAGAAGGAAAGAGAGGGAUGGAGAAAGACAUCAUAGUCAUAAAAGAAGAAAGCAAAAAAUAUAAACAGAAUGUGACUGCUUUUGGAAUACAUAUGCUGGUGUUUUAAUUAUAAUCUUUGCAUAGAAGAAAAUGACUGUUAUGAUCAUAUACUCAGUAUUUAAUAAAUGCUUCAAACCAUGAA